GGGACCCGUGAGUGAGUAGUGUACUACAAUUUCAACGACGCUUCGUUUUCUUAAUAAGUUGUAUGAGCUAUGCUCUUGUUAUAUAUGUAUGUGUGGAAUUGUUGUUGAGUAGACCACUUAUUACAUCUUAAGUUUUAACUAAUGGCUACUAAGAUAUCUCAAUUAGUUGUUUUUCUUCUCUCGUUGCUUCUUCUGCUCUCAUUGAUCUUUUCUCAGGUUGGAGUCGCUGACGCCAAACGCAACCAACCAGGUCAAGAACAGCGUUUGGAUUAUGGUCGUCCUCCCACGGCACCUAUAUAUCUGCCGCCCUCUAAAUCACGCAAAGGAAAAGGUCCAUGAAGAAACUCUAUAUAUAUACUGGUCAAGACUCAAAGGUUGAUGUUGUUAUGAUGAUCUCAUAGUUUUAGUUUAAACUUCUUGGAUCAUGUCACGAUUUUUGGAUAUUAUAACAGUGUUUGGUUAUAAAUAUGUUGUCUGUUGUAGUGGUUUGGCCACAUCUAUGUUGUACGGAAGCUAAUCAAUGGCUAAUUUUCCUCCACUGUUAUCAAUGCUCUACAUCAGUGGCUAAA